UAUGGACACACAACAGGAUCAAUAAUUAAAAAAGAAUCAACUUAAAUUCCCUGUUUCUAAAGUGAAAAAAAUUGUAUAAGAAAAUUAAGAUGUUGGCAAAAUCAACAAUGUAGUUCCUUAUGUAUUAAGUAUUACUUGAAUGUUAUUGAAAGCGAAAUCACUUGAAUUGUUUUUAUCUGACAUUCUCUCAAAAUGUAAAGAGACUUUAAAAGACAGAAAAUUAAAUAAAGCUACUCCUGGUUUAUUGUAAAAAAGUUAUUGAAUAAAAGAAAGAUAGUUUUACAGGAGUCUCAAUAUGAUUUCAUGAAAGAUUAUGCUUAAAAGUUGCCUGAUUUGGAGGAAAACAAAAAGAAGAAGAAGGGUUUAUAAUAGGAUGAAUAGAGUGAUGAAGUAGGAAAGAAGCGUAAGGGGAAUGAUGAGUUUGAGAAGGUGGAGAAGAAAGUAGGUGGACGAAAAUCGAAAAGAGUUCGAAGAUAAUAAUCGGAUGAUGAUUAUGAUGAAGAUGAUUGAA